GUGUGCGCGCAUCUUGCUUGCAGCCGCUGCAAGUCGCACUGAGCAAACCGGCGGCUUUUGUGCGUAUGAUGCACCGUGGACGACGCACCUGUGCGCACAAUAAACCCAGCCCGGUACUGCCUGGUCCCCCCCCCCCCCCCCUUCACACAGACACGCACGCACGCACGCACACGCACCCUCCGCCACUCCGCUCCGCACCAGCACCAGCACCGUGACCAUCGGAAACCCACAACCCUGGAUUUUUUUUUUUUUUAAACUACGCUUCUGUGGAGUUUACAUCUGGAUUUUAGCAGUUGGACACUCCGCGCAACUAAGUGAUGGAAGCGAGAGAGGCCAGUGGAUCCCUUGUCAGCUCCGUUUCCAUGCAGCGGACAACAUGAAGGAGGAAAUUCCGCUCGCCCUGAUAAACAGAGAGGUCCAUCCCAUCAGACCUUGCACCAUGAGUGUUGAUAGCAUCUGUUUUGAAGAGUAGGAAAAAGAAAGAUAUUAAAACGUCACCACCUCCUCCCCUCUCCCGGUCCUUUCAUUUACCCAAGGAGGAAAACAGCAAUUCCUUGACUCGUCCACCCUGCAGCUACCGGACAAUUUGCUGAUUUGACUGAGCUUAAGACUGUUAACUACUACGACUGUUCUCCUGUUACUGCCCUUUUCCCUUUAUAGAUAUAUAUAAUUAUAAAUAUAUCUGUGCACAUACUGUUAAUAAAGCUGUGGUUCCCCGAAACUCAGUCUAACCACCCUAAGAUUUUACUCUGAUUGAAUUCCUCUCAGACGCCUUUUUGGAUUAAUAGAUUCUUCGCAACUAUGGAUCUUAUAGGUUUUUCUAUCAGGCUGCAAGUUUUCCUCAGCGCAUGUCUGGGACUGGAGUUUUUAGGCACACCGGGUCAGUGGGCACGCUACCUCCGCUGGGACGCCAGCACCCGCGGUGACCUCAGCUUCCAGUUUAAGACCGAGGCCGCAGAGUCGCUGAUGCUGUAUUUCGAUGAUGGAGGCUACUGUGACUUUCUGCAGCUGUCGGUGGUGGAGGGCCGGCUGCAGCUGCGCUUCAGCAUCGACUGUGCCGAGACCACAGUUGCGUCCGACAGACGGGUGGAUGACGGCAGAUGGCACUUUGCCACCCUGAGCAGGUAUAACCUGCGCACUGUGCUGGUACUGGACGGCCAGGCCAGGGCUGACGCAGUGCGGCCUCAGCGACAGUUCAUGAAAAUAGUCAGCGACCUGUUCCUGGGUGGCGUGCCUCAGGAUAUCCGCAACGGUGCGCUCACGCUGCCGACAGCGCGAAACAUGCAGCCCUUCACGGGCACAAUUACAGACCUCAAAUAUGGCAUCUCACAGCCCCUGUUUCUCGGAAGCCUUCGGGUGCCCCUGGAGUCAGAAGGAUGGUGCACUGUGAACCCAUGUGAGAAUGGUGGUACAUGCUCAGUGGUGGAUGGAGAGCCCAUCUGUGACUGCUCCAAAACGGAGUACAGGGGCCGCUUCUGCAGUGAAGAGGUCAUCGGUAAUAUGCCAGGCCUUGCACAUAUGAUGACAGAACAAGCUAAAAGCAAAGCCAGGGAAGAGAACGUGGCCACUUUCCGAGGCUCGGAGUACUUCUGCUACGAUCUCUCCCAGAACCCCAUCCAGAGCAGCAGUGAUGAAAUCACACUCUCCUUCAAGACGUGGCAGCGCAACGGCCUUAUCCUUCACACUGGCAAGUCAGCUGACUACGUCAACCUGGCUCUGAAGGACGGUGCUGUCUCUCUUGUUAUCAACCUCGGCUCUGGAGCCUUUGAGGCCAUUGUGGAGCCCGUCAAUGGGAAGUUCAAUGACAACACGUGGCAUGAUGUCAAAGUGACUCGAAACCUCCGACAGGUGACGAUAUCCGUGGACGGGAUCCUGACCACCACGGGUUACACCCAGGAGGACUACACCAUGCUGGGAUCGGAUGACUUCUUCUAUGUGGGAGGAAGCCCCAGCACCGCUGACCUGCCGGGGUCUCCCGUCAGUAACAACUUCAUGGGCUGUCUCAAGGAGGUGGUGUAUAAGAACAACGACAUCCGACUUGAGUUGUCCCGCCUGGCUCGAAUCGUGGACCCAAAGAUGAAAAUCCAGGGGGAGGUGUCCUACAAGUGUGAGAACGUGGCCACCUUGGACCCCAUCUCCUUCGAGACUCCCGAGGCCUACAUCAGCCUCCCCAAGUGGAACACCAAGCGGAUGGGAUCCAUCUCUUUUGAUUUCCGCACGACCGAGCCCAAUGGCCUUAUCCUCUUCACACAUGGGAAACCCCAGGAGCGCAAAGAUGCUGCUCGCAGCCAGAAGAACACCAAGGUGGAUUUCUUUGCGGUAGAGCUGCUGGAUGGCAGCCUGUACCUGCUGUUGGACAUGGGCUCAGGGACUAUCAAGGUGAAGGCCACCCAGACAAAGGUGAAUGAUGGUGCCUGGUAUCACGUGGACAUCCAGAGAGACGGACGCUCAGGCACCAUCUCUGUGAACAGCAGAAGGACUCCAUUCACAGCCAGCGGUGAAAGCGAGAUUCUGGACCUGGAGGGCGACAUGUACCUGGGGGGGCUGCCCACGGACCGCACCAACCUCAUCCUGCCCACUGAGCUGUGGACGGCCAUGCUCAACUACGGCUACGUGGGCUGCAUCCGCGACCUUUUCAUUGACGGCCGGAGCAAGGACAUCCGUCAGAUUGCUGAGGCACAAAAUGGAGCUGGCAUCAAACCCUCGUGCAACAAGCAACCUGGCAAGCAGUGUGAGAGCUACCCAUGCAAGAACCGAGGCGUCUGCAAAGAAGGCUGGAACCGAUUCAUCUGUGACUGCACCGGCACUGGCUACUGGUCACGCACCUGUGAGAGAGAGGCUUCCAUCCUUUCCUACGACGGCAGCAUGUACAUGAAGGUGGUGAUGCCAACUAUCAUGCACACCGAGGCGGAGGACGUCUCCCUGCGUUUCCGGUCCCAGCGGGCCUAUGGCCUCCUCAUGGCCACCACCUCCCGAGACUCAGCCGACACGCUCAGGCUGGAGUUGGACGGGGGUCGCGUCAAACUCACGGUCAACCUAGACUGUAUCAGGAUAAACUGUAACUCCAGCAAGGGACCAGAGACCCUGUAUGCCGGACAAAAACUCAAUGAUAAUGAAUGGCAUACAGUGCGUGUGGUGCGUCGCGGCAAAACCUACAAGCUAACGGUUGACGAUGAUGUUGCAGAAGGCCAAAUGGUGGGCGACCACACUCGUCUUGAGUUCCACAACAUCGAAACGGGCAUCAUGACAGAGCGCCGGUUUGUUUCCAGCAUCCCGUCCAGCUUUAUUGGUCACCUGCAGAGCCUCAGAUUUAACGGCAUGCUCUACAUCGACCUGUGCAAGAACGGUGACAUCGAUUUUUGCGAGCUCAAUGCCCGCUUUGGGGUCCGCUCCAUAAUUGCUGACCCUGUCACCUUCAAAUCCAAGAGCAGCUACCUGAGCCUGGCCACCCUGCAGGCCUACACGUCCAUGCACCUCUUCUUCCAGUUCAAGACCACCUCCCCAGAUGGCUUCAUACUGUUCAACUCUGGAGAUGGCAAUGAUUUUAUCGCUGUAGAACUGGUUAAAGGAUACAUCCACUAUGUCUUUGACCUCGGAAAUGGGCCAAACCUCAUCAAGGGCAAAAGUGACAGGGCGCUGAACGACAACCAGUGGCACAAUGUUGCCAUCACCCGAGACAACAGCAACACCCACACACUGAAAGUAGAUGCUACAGCCACGAGUCAGAGUAUCAACGGGGCCAAGAAUCUGGACCUGAAAGGCGAUCUGUUCAUCGCAGGACUGGGUCCCGGCAUGUACGGCAACCUGCCCAAACUUGUGGCCUCCAGAGAAGGAUUCCAGGGCUGCUUGGCAUCGGUGGACCUUAACGGUCGCCUGCCGGAUCUCCUCAACGAUGCCUUGUUUCGCAGCGGGCAGAUUGAGCGUGGAUGCGAAGGUCCCAGCACCACCUGUCAGGAGGACUCCUGUGCCAACAUGGGCAUUUGUAUCCAGCAGUGGGAGAACUACACCUGUGACUGCUCCAUGACCUCCUACACCGGCACACAGUGCAAUGACCCUGGAACAACGUACAUCUUUGGGAAAGGAGGAGGCCUCAUUUCAUUCAAGUGGCCGGCCAAUGAGAGACCAAGCACCAGGACGGACAGGCUGACCGUCGGCUUCAGCACCUCCCUGAAAGACGGCAUCCUGGUUCGGAUUGACAGCGCUCCUGGUCUGGGGGACUAUCUCAUGCUGCACAUACAACAAGGGAAAAUUGGAGUGACAUUCAACAUUGGCACAGUGGAUAUCACUGUGGAGGAAAGCAGUACCCCAGUGAAUGAUGGGAAGUAUCAUGUUGUCCGUUUCACCAGGAAUGGUGGCAAUGCUACGCUGCAGGUGGACAACUGGUCAAUCAAUGAACACUUUCCAACAGGGAACAGCGACAUUGAACGCUAUCAAAUGGCCAAUAAGAAAAUUCCUUUCAAAUACGCCAGACCAGUAGAAGAGUGGCUUCAAGAGAAAGGACGGCAGCUGACAAUUUUCAACACUCAAGCCACCGUCGGAAUUGGUGGUAGUGAUCGUGGCCGCCCAUUUCAGGGUCAACUCUCAGGCCUUUACUAUAAUGGCCUCAAGGUGUUGAACAUGGCUGCUGAGGGUAACCCCAACAUCAAGAUUAACGGCAGUGUGAGGUUGGUAGGUGAUGUGCCCAGUGGGGCAGGCUCAGCCAGGAGCACGGCCAUGCCUCCGGAGAUGUCCACAAACUUUGUUGAGACUACUACCAUGAUGUCCACCACUACCACGCGGAAACACAGGUCCUCUUCAACUGUACAGCACGCGCCAGAUGAAAUAGUGUCAUCCGCAGAGUGUUCGAGCGAUGACGAAGACCUGGAGGAGUGUGACACUAGCCAAGCAGAUAAGACCUUGUCCACGUCAGGCUUUGAAGGUGGCUACAAAGCUCACACGGCCAAGACUUUUAGAGCUAACAAACCUUCAGUCUCCAGACGCAGUAGGACUACCGCUACCGCCAUACUACUAACCGCCGACCAGAGCCGCACCACCGCCACCUCUGCCUCCACCGCAACCCUCCACAAUGCUCCGGCCAGACAGCCGGCUGGCAAAAUGAUUAUCCGCGAGCUAAAACCCCAGCCCAACCUAGUGUUGCUUCCAUUGCCCACAUCCUUUGAGGUAGACAGCACCAAGCUGAGGGGCCCAUUAAUAACCUCCCCAAUGUUCCGUAAUAUACCCACAGCACACCCCACAGAACCCGGCGUCAGGCGAGUUCCAGGGCCCUCGGAAGUGGUCCGUGAAUCUAGCAGCACCACCGGGAUGGUCAUCGGAAUAGUGGCAGCCGCUGCCCUGUGCAUCCUCAUCCUCCUGUAUGCCAUGUAUAAGUACAGGAACAGGGAUGAAGGCUCCUACCAGGUGGACGAGAGCAGAAACUACAUAACCAACUCAGCUGUGCAGAGCAAUGGCGCUGUGAUGAAGGACAAACAGCAGAGCUUGAAAGGCAGCAACAAGAAACAGAAAAAUAAGGAUAAGGAGUAUUACGUGUGACUGUGAGACUUUGGCGAACACAAGAGAAUGAAGAAAGAAAGCACUAAGAGAACAUUUACUUAUCAGUUUCCUUGCGAGGAGCUAUGACAAAUGAUGGUAUAACAUGGAACUUGAAUAAUCUUAUACUGUGCUGAGUAGUUGGACUGAUGAUAUGUACUGUAAUAUAAAGCACACUUACUAUUGUAAGCAUAAAGACAAGGCUAAAUAGCAACUUUAGAGAACUCACUCUUCUAUCUGGUCAGAGACGUUAUCAGUAUAGAAAUAUUUCACAGCUACACCAUUCUCCUAAGUGACUUUUAGAGCUAUGUGAUCCUUGGCAUUGAACAAAAAAAAACUUUUUUUUUGUAAAAUUGUUAAUUGCAAAAGGCUCAUGAUCUACAUUUUCAGCAUGUAAGCAACAUGUAGUGCUUUAAAAUGAGGGGGUCAGGCACAUGAUCACUGUAAAAGUAAAAAAGGACUGCUGUAUCAGAAUAUGACAAAUUUCUAUGGUUUAUACAUAAUACAAGUGUGAUGUCUUGCUUAUUUUUUGCUUUAAGCAAAAGGGUAAAAAAAAAUGACAAAAACAACAGCAAGAAAAAAAAAUAUAUUUCUGUGUAUAACAUUAAACCAAGUGAUUAAAUUGCCAUGGGCAGAACUCAUGGAAUGUGUUCUGCUCCGGCACCUGAUUCAUCACAUCUAUUCUCAUACUCUGACAGACAGAGUGACUGUGUGCUCUGUGGAAAGAAGUGGCGAGUUCUGUCGGUAAAGGAGCCACUGAUUGUGAAAUGCAUGCCAUCCUGAUUCAACAGUAAAGUACAGUGUACAUGCUAAAAUUCCAGUAUACAGUGUUCAACUUUGACCAUGUUCUCUUGAAUGCCAAAAUUGUUCGUCAUCAGAUCAGAGCUGAGCCCUUCCCCUCUUUUGGAACCCUUCAAAACAUUGAGAAAAAAACAACAACUAGCUCUUAAAGAAAAGGUCUUUUAUUGGUGCACAGCCAAGUGGUGGUUUUAUCUUUUCGACAAACUGUAUGUUGGUUCAUUGCCUAUUGUUCUCUUUUUCUAUGGAGGUGCCAGGAGGAAGACAGAUGCAGUACUACAACAACUGUUAACAGAUGUGUAUACAAAAAUAAAUCAAAUGUUGAAAGUGUGAAUUCUAUCUGCUGUCACAGUCAGCUGUGUCAAAAAAACAAAACAAGAAAAUUUGUUUACAUAUUUUAUUACACACUAGCUGUUGUACUUUGUAGGUAGGAAAUUGUACAUAUACCAUGACAGUUGUAAUUUUUUAGUACCUCUAUUGUACAGACUGAACAUAUGGUUUAACAGCGUAUUUGACAUGAUGAAAUCUAUUAACUGUUAAUUUACUUGGAGAAAGACUUUAAUCAGAAUGUGGAGAAUCAUAUUGAUAUUCAUAAAGAAUAAAAGUGUAUUGUUAGCCUAGAGAUCUAACCAGAGGUGUUUCUAAAGUUGCAUGAAUAUUUAACUACUUGCAGUUGUCCAACAAAUACAAGGUGCCCUUCCUUCUGUAUCAUGGCUUUCUUGUUCUGGGUUACACUAGUGUUAUUUAUUUUUGAAUAAAGAAUAAAGUCAGAGUUAUGACAUAAACAGAAGACAGAGGCUAUAAUGGAUGGGGCUUAACAGUUUUUUUUGUUUUGUUUUUUUAAUAAAAAGCUUAAAUGCUCUCAUUUAGGUGUGGCUAUUCACCUCAAA